UACAACGCGAUCGCGGCGUACACAGCACACAGAUAGUAGUGAGAUUGUCGAAGCACGCGCGCGUCAAACAGCCGGAGAGGUGUUUGUGAAUAUUCGCGUAGCUACCGUGCGCAGCAAGAGCAACCGCUCGCGACGCAGGCGAGGCGUGAUAUUGACGCGAUCAGUGCAGCGAUCGACGAGAUAGACUGAGCUGACACGUCCAUAAACAUAAGCUCCAUAAGUAUAUAAGUGCGCCUGUCGUUUCAUUUACACUAACAGGUGUUGCUGUCGCACAUGGGCAACUGAGAUGCUGCCAAGUGACGCACUUCACAUAUAAAGUGCAUAGUUCGCGUUCCAAGAAGUGUUCGUAAAUCGAAUUCUCCACGCACAUUACUCAUAUUCAGCGUCAGCGGGCAAGCGUAGAAUAGCUUUCGCGUAAACGUGUAUCAUAGGUAUCGCGCCGCGUACUACUCAUAGCACAGCACAUACACCGUUCAGCGUCAUAGCGAUUUCAUGCUAAUUAGCAAAAAAAUGAUCGUUUUUACCGAAAAAGGCUUUUAAAGAAGUGUCGAGUCAGAGUCCCCAAAGGUGAAUGUGUAAAAGACAACGACGUAGAUUAAUAUUACACUCGCCAGUUAAACCUCGUAAAUCUCAGAAAACCCAGCAAAUAUUAUCGAUCAACACGCGCCGUAAGCGUCGAAUUGUCUGGUGGAUGCCGUGCGUCAAUAAGCGUUUUGUGGCUGCGGUCGAUGGUCUUUUCUGCGUCAGUGGCUUUGCGGCUCAGAAAUGCCCAUUAUUUACCGCAACAACUGCAGAGAUAUCAGAGCACAGUGAGGCACAAAAGCUGUGCUGACAUGGCCAGGUCGCAGCUAAUCGCUGACAUUUACGUCAUGUAGUCUGGCGCCUUGACGUCAUUUGGCGUUGUGCAGCCAAUGCGAAUUGCAAUCGUUGUAUGUCGAGUGCACGAUCACUUGAACACUACAUAUACGCCAGGGGAAAAAAACAGAAACAAAACGAACAGCUGAGUGCGUACGCACCCAAUCAAAAAGAAUGAACAAAUCACCAACAAAUAAGAGAAAUAAUAUCAGCGAUAAGUGUAACCAAGCGGCCGACAAACUACAUGAUAAAUGCGAGCCAUUGUUGGCACGAAGAAUGGGCAGCAACAACUGUCGGCGGAGCACCGGAGCGAGCACAGUUGACCCAGCUGCCACUGCGACACUGUCAGCCUCCGAUAUUCCAACAACAUUACAAGCGAACGCGCAACUUGCACGCAAGAAUAACGCGUGCGAAGCUCAUAAAUCCACGCAAGCGAGCUUUGCGCCAAAACACAGCUUUAAUUCACAAAUGACAGCCACAUUUACCGGUGGCGCAUCCGCAUCUGCGGCCCAUUGUGAAGCACUUACUUCCGCGCACAUUCCGCCUGUCUCGUUGCAUUCCUCCCCUGCGAAUGAGCAUUGUGCACUAAUUGACAAAACGACGGACGAUGCGUACGGAGCACCGAUCGCGGAUCAUCAGCACGGUUGCACUACCACGGCUGACGCUGGCUGCUCGUCCCAGUCAGCGCCCAUACUAAGUGCUAUUCAUGCCACAAGAGAGUCAAUAGAAGCUAGUGAGACGGCAAGGGAAGCAGCGGAUACAAAAAUAGCCACAACAACAAAAACGCAUACGGCGGCAUUGACAGUUGCGCCACUGUCGCGUUCACGUACACCAACAACGAAAGCGCAAGCGACGCCCGCGACGUUAGCGGUAGGCCAAUUAACGGAGGAAAAAAAGAGUAUCGCAAGCACUACCACAAUGACACAUGCAAUGACGGCGCCGACGACGACAACAAAAACAGCGAAUGAGCAAACGCUAGCGGCAGCGGUGACGACGGCAAGGGAAGGGGCGAAUUCGUCUGUUACACGACAAGCACAAUCGGCGGCUCGUUUGACGUCGCCGUCGAGAAUGGGUGACGAACAGGUGGAAGGGGUGUGGACGGCGGUAGAUGCGAAAUCAAAAUUCACUGAAAAUAAAUGUCCGUUGGCUGUGCUAACGAAUGUUAGUAAUCAGAGAAAAGUUGAAGCGAGCACUACGAUAUCAGCUCCAGAGCAGUGUACGCUUAACAGCAACCUGAACGAAAACACAUACAGAACAAGUGAAGUACACGUAUCGAGCAACAAGUGGCCAACAGUUGUCAGUUUAGCCAACUCGGAGUAUGAUCCUGUGUGCAAGGCUAGAACUCGCGCAGACACCAGCAGCAACAGCAAGGAUAUAAUAAGGGCACUGAAUUUGGCAGCGAGAAAAGCCAAACUGAAGUCAGAAUUUUUUAGAGAUUUCGAAACGCAUGAGCAAGCAGUUAAACGCUUGACGGAACCUACGUCAUCAAUUGGUGAUUGUGGGAUAACGUGUAAAAACCAGAACUUUCGACAAUUACAGUUGAACGCAGUUAGCACGCGGUGUACCGUAGACAAACACAUCGGUCUCAAUACCGGAUUACCUACGAUUGCUGUGAACGCAGCGGAAACCUCUUCACCUACAUCGUUAGUGGCGAGGCGCAAAUUAGACUUAAAGCAAAAAUUUGAACAACAAACCGCGACAAGGACAUCCCACACCUUGAUAGAAGCACAUAACGCCUUGAUUGACACAGUUGGGGUAUUUCCACGUGUUGAGGAAUUAGUACAAAAAUUCGAAAGCAAGCCAACGAGCUCCGCUAGGAAAAUGAUUGUAAAUCCAAACAAAACCAACGAAGUAACAGAUAACAACAUGCUGUCCUUGAAGCCAGACAGAUUGGAACAGCGCAAUAGUCCACUCUCGGAUGAGGGUUGCAACCUUGGUCAGAGUCCUUACUCAUCAGACAAUGAGGACAACGAGUCCGCACAAACCACUUCGGCGGUUGCGCCAACAAAGCGUAAGGAUAAAGUCGCACGCUCUGCCAGUAGUGACUCGGCACUCGGUUUGGACGUUGACGAGUCAAUGGACACAACACCCGCACAGCCACCGGUCGGCCCACAACAGCGAAGAAUGACACUCACCGUCACGGAUUUGCCACUGCGACCAGCACUUUUGCCACUAGCAGAACCUACCGCACUGCCAGAUACAACAAUCAUCGAGCUACCGCCAACUAUUAAUAAUCCACCGGCCCCGGCUACGGUGCCCAGCAAGGUGUUGUUGGAGGAACGCGUAGUAGAACUACCAGAGGAUCCGCGUUCAUUAGCACCGUCACAGCCAUGUUCACGACGCGAAUCGGCACAAAGUUGCGGUAGUGACAUCGUACCAACUGAGUUUCCGGGUGGCAGGCGUUUCGUACGCACACCCUCCGUGGUAGUGUCGGAUUACUCCGAUGAAAUCAUGUGCGGCAUUACACUUGAAGAAAUAGAAUACUUCCGCGCACAACGUAUGCGACGACGACAUUCCUCACUGGACACUGCCAACGAAGGUGAAGGCGAAUCAGAUGUGAGCGCCUCCUCCUCCUGCAGCAACCUAUACUACUGCGGCUCCACGAUCUCCGCAUUGGACGGCGCCGAGUGUUACGUGAACGGUGUACGUACCGCACUAGAUCGCAAAGUAAGCGACUGUUCGACAUGUUCAGCCAGCGCUGAAGAGGACACAUUCACCAUUCCCGAAGAUCCACAACAGACAGGCAAAGACCUGUCCGAUCUACUAGCCGCACAACAUCUGAGCGCGAAGCCAGCAGCUAAGAAGGUAGGUUUGGUGGUGCCGAUGGGUGAGAACUUGGGCGAAAAGGCUCCCUACUGAAGCCGCACGGCCAAACACAAUCUCAGCAAACCUAAAGUAUUCUAAACUAUAUUUUUCCCAAAGAACUGUUGUAACAUAAUUAAGUUUUAGUGAUUAACUGUAAAUUAUAUAAACACUUGUGUAGACUUCGUAUAAGUAAAGAGAAAUGAAAUUGUGCAUGUA